CUGAUUCGAGUUGCAUAGCACGUGAUAUGAUGCCAAUGACGCAUUUCAUCCCGGAAGUUUACCAGAUGAGCACAACACAUGAAAGUCACCGGCAAGCGACUGUUCACGCUGUGACGCUGUGUUACCUAGUGCUAUUUUCCGGGAUUGGCUUAACAAAUAUGUCUUCAGCGUGUUAAAGAAAUGGUUUAAAUUGCUUGGUUUAUACUAAAAUGACAGCAUUUUAUUCACGGUGCUAGCUAACUUUGAUGGCGAAAAAUCUCUUUCGAAUAUUUAGGAGCUUUCAGAGCUUCGUUUCACUCCCAUUCACAAAGAACCAAGUGGCCCACCCCUGCGCCAGCGUUGCAUUCAGGACCACGUUCGACCGGACCAUGGUGCAGGCCCUGGCGUCAUUCUUUUCCCCCAAAUCCCGUGACUUCAGCCUACCUAACUCUUCAUGGGGAGAAGAAAUGAUCCGGUUAUAUGAGUUUUAUAACAACCAAUGCGAGGGGGAGAAUCAUGGAGGUGAAUGGAGAAGGCUGCCAAGCUACAAUCGCUCAUUGAAGUAUGCUUCAGGUGGAGUGUAUCUUAGUAAGAUAAUCCAGUCAAAAGCUCGCCUUUUUACUCGAAACAUCAGGGAGCCCGGAGCAGCAUUUGAGUAUGUUGUCUUCGUUAGCAAAGACGAGCAGAGGUGUGUGUGUGUUUUCCAAUCUGGACACCUUCUGGAGGGGCCUCCUGGCCAUGUCCACGGGGGGGCAAUAGCCACCAUGAUUGACACCGUUACAGGAAGUCAUGCCUCCAUACUGAGUGCGCCAGUUAUGACCGCCAACCUCAACAUAAACUACCGCAGCCCCAUCCCACUGGGAAACACAGUGCUGGUUGAGUCCUGUUUGGACAAAAGGGAAGGCAGGAAGCUCUUUAUUUCUUGUAAAGUGACGAGCACGGACGGCUCCAAACUGCACACAGAGGCAACAGCACUGUUUCUGUCGAUAAAUGUCAGCCAUCUACUGAGAGGGUGAAACAAAAAAAAAAUCCUUGAACAAAGUCAACGCGGGAGGCCACGACAAGCUGCUACAUGUUUGAAUGUGUCAGUGUUUUUAGUUUGGGAUAUCGACAUAUUUCCAGGUCAUCCUUGGCAAUGGUACCUAAAUAUUGAGUUGCUGAUGAUUAACAACUCAAAACCAAGAGAUUUGUGUAUGCCUACUUAACCACAUUGGAAAUGUGUUACUAUCAAGCAAAAAGUAUAUCAUCAACUAUAUUAUGUAUUGAACAAAAAUAAUAGGAUUAUUUAUUAUCACUUCUUCAACAGUGUUAUGACACCGCAGGAGCUUCAGUAUAAGCCCCUGAAAUGUCCUAUGCAUAUAUUUAAUUUAAAGAAGCCUACCAUAAGUGUAUUAUUUUGGAUCUGUCGGCUGUUAAAGCAUAUUUUGAAUGAUAUCAACCUUCAAAGAAUGGAAAGAAACAUUUUUACUUUGCUCGUCCUACAAAUUUUAGACAUUUAUUUAUUUUGUUCUCUUUUGCCCAAAAGCUUUCAAAGCAGUUUUAUCAUUAUUAGUAUAAUCCUAAACUAGCCUGGUAGUUUAAAUGAAACUGUAUGAAACUCAAGACCAUCUGUAUUCAAAGGUUUUAGAUUUGAUCUAAUAUUUAGAUAUAAAAAUUUAUAUUUCAGAUUUAUAUAUUGAUCAUAUUAUUAUUAUAUAUUAUUUAUUUAAGAUUUGAAUACAUUUUUAUUUCAGUGUGCCAUUAUACUGGAGUCAGCCGGAAGUAGUAUAAAUAAGCCUAAAAUGGUGACAUACCUUUUGUUUUGUUGCUUUUUAGCUACAAAAGCUGACUUUUCUGCCUCUUGAAUUACACAUAUUACACAUUUUUGUUUUGAUUUCAGGUGUGGGUUGGUAGCAGUUACUCCACCAUGUGGUGAAUGUGGUUAUAUUUGAAUCUGAAGUGUAGAUUUUUUUUGCAAUGAGAACAUUAUGACUUACAGUGGAAAACCAUGGGCUUCAAACCCCUAGAAACAUCACGGCAGCGAAUGGCACUUUGAAAAGGUGUCUGCCUUAAGAAAUGAGCCGGGCCACACUGAGCAAGAGCAGGCAGCACAGUCCACAUCACAGAGAUCUGUGCUGAUCUGGCAUUUGUUGAAGACCACAGGGCUGAAAAUGAGUUGUUAUGACGCACUCCUUUUUUCUGUACAUUAAACUGUAUAAGUGCAUGCAACUGCAAUGCUACUUGGCUAUUUGUUGUGCUUUUCUUUCACUCCAUGGGUGAGGCAGAAUGUCAAAAUGAGACCAAAAUAUUAUUUGUUUAAGUGUAAAUAAAGAAGACAUGGUCCAUUAUC